GUCCUCUCUCGCAUACUUGAGCAGUCGGAUUCCAAACAAUUCAGCCUUUGUGUGCAAUAUCAGUCAAGAGCGACAGUCUAAUAAUCCUGAGCCUGUUUUCAAGGGCUGGCUUCCUCAAGCAUGGAUGUCUCGUCGGUGGCGAGCACAAAGGAUACAGCUGGUGAAAGCAGUGAUACUGCUUCCACCAGCUACCAACCAUUUCCCGAAAUGAGUGCUGAGCAAGAGUUUUUUCUCUACGAACUGGAAACGACAGACUCAGGAAGCAUAGGUCUUGUUUUGAGGGCCAUAUACGACUGCGGCGAUGUGCAUAAGUUCAGCCGUGCUCUAGAGCAUAGGAUACAUCAGUACGACAAGAAUAUCCAGAAGGUGUGUGCUUUCCACUAUCAGGGCUUUGUUGAUUCUAUGAAAGAACUUCUGCUACUCAAAGAGCGAUGCGGUGAUAUCAAGCAAGAUGCCAUUGCUAUAAACGCACAAAUACAAGCAGCGAGUGAGGAUAUAUCCAAGAAAAGUGCAGAGAUUGUCAAAUACAGAAAACUCGUCAAAAAUGCAUCUACAGCAAUCGAUCAGAUAUCAGUAUGUCUUCCCGUGCUGGAGAACUAUGCCAGAUUACAAGAGCUGAUGCAGCUUAAGAAGUACUAUCAAGCACUGAAAGUUCUUGAAGAGCUGGAGCACACUCAUCUUGCUCUUGUGGAGAAGUACAGAUUCACGCAGAUAUUGGCUAAGACAAUGGCUCCUGUUCGAAAUGAAAUCAAGGCCAAGGCAUACUCGGAGUUUAAAGACUUUUUGGAAAACGUCAAGAAGGUCGCUUGCAGAAUCGGACGGCAUGCGAGUAGAUGUACCGCCGAACAACAUUCCUUUGGAGUCAGUGAAGCAGAGCGAGCACAGAGAUUACAACAAGAAGCAAAACAGAAGCUCGUGGAUGUGGAAAUUGCCGUCUCAGCUGACGGUAGAUUGGUGAAGAAAAGCGCUUCGAACGGAUCCGCUCCUGUGCAGAAUACGGAUAGUUUUGAAGAUGACGAAAAAGUGUCAGCGCAGGACCUCAUCGAUUUCACUCCUGUGCAUAGGUGCUGCCAAAUCUUCAAUGUGCUUGGCGCAAAGGAAGAGUUUGAUGUGUUCUAUCGUCAGCAACGAAAAGAUCAAUGUGAUUUAGUAAUUGAACCUCCCAGCAAGAUGAACUCUUUGAAACAUUACGUGGACUACCUAGACGAAAUAAUUGGUUUCUUCGUCGUCGAAGAUCACAUAAUCAUAACCGAGCCCACUCUAGCCACAUCUUCUCAUAAAGAUCAGCUAUGGGAAAAUGCAUUGAAGACGAUAGUGCACACCAUGAAUACACGUUUCGGUGGCUGUCCCGAUGUUGAGAUGAUGCUGCGAAUGAAAAAGGUUAUACUCCUCUUUGCGCUGACUAUGAAGUCGUAUGGGUACGGAAUUGCUCCACUGUACUCUCUUUUACAGAAUUUCAGAGAUCAGUACAACGAAAUUCUAAUGAGUGAAUAUUGCGCACAAUUUGAGAGAGACCUUGAAAAGGACAAUUACACGCCAAUCGUUGUGGAGAACGAAGAACAGUUCAAAGCUGUCAUUAAAGAGUUCCCGUUCUGUAAAAGGAGCAUGGAGCAGGAGCCGUUUCCUCGUAAAUUCCCUUACUCCCGCUUUGUGGUUUCCGCCUACUCAAAAGCGAAACUAUAUUUACAAGGUUGCCUGAAGUUUAUGGAACAUCUGCAGCUCUCAAAUUCGGAAAUGGAUGACACUGUGAGAAGGUAUGCGAAUGUGUUACUGUCUCGUUGGUCUGGUAGUUUGAAAUCUUUUGUGGAGAACAAACUAUCUUUAGUACAGUUGGUGCAAAUCACAAUCAAUAUUGGAUAUCUUGAAAAGUCCUGUGAAUCCCUUGGCCUUUAUAUCACAAAGCUCACUAGCGGUAAUGAGCUGAAUGUGUCAAUGACGGCUCAUCAAUUAUCACUGACUGAACGAGUGUUCAGAGAUGCUAGGAGUGAGGUAGAGGCUCAAAUAGAGGAUUGUAUACGAGACAAAGUUGAUGCCUUCAUAGAACUUGCACAGUAUGAUUGGGAGCUGCCAGCUUCUUCGGGUCAUGCUUCGGAUUAUAUAAGUGACCUAAUUAGUUAUCUUUCUACAACUUUUCUGUCAUUCACUAAUCUACCUUCUGUAUUGGCUCGACACGUAUGUAUGCAGACUUGCAAACAUCUGUCGGCAAGACUGUCCGAUGUGCUGCUAUCGCCAGACAUUCGUGCAAUCUCCAUGGGGGCACUGGAGCAAUUCAGUCUCGAUGUAAUGCAAUGUGAAAUGUUCACUGCACGGUGUCCGGUGCCAGGCUUUGAUCAUAACACCUUGCCAAUGACGUUUGCACACUUGAGACAAUUGUUGGAACUAGUAAUGAGCAAUGAUUGGACGUCUUAUCUUGCUGAAUAUGGCCAGGAAAACGGAACUUACGUGCGCGUAAGCCCAGCUACAGCUGCUCAACUUCUUGAAAAAAUAAUUGAGUUUGAAAAGAAGAGCACUGGAUUCUUUGGAAUCAAUAAAGGAGAUCGUAAAAAGUUGUUGGAUACAAUUAUACGACAGCUUCGUGCCUUAUCCGGACAAUAA